AGCAUUUCCUGUUUAGUACUCCGACGGAGCCAGAGAUGUUUCCUUCAAUGCUUCAGACUCCUGACUCCCAACCCUGUAUGUGUUCAAGAAGAAAGAACUGUGUAGAUAACCCUUUUCCUUCUACCACGAAGAGAAGAAGUUUUCUGAGCGCGUACAACCGAAAACUCUGGAUGUCGGCGUCUCCAGUCAAUGACGUGUGCGACACCCUCGUGAUACGAACACAACUCUAGUCCGUCGGGAGUGUCGUUUGCUUGCUACCACGAACGCUCCUUGGCCAGAUUUUCAGAUCCGGCACGCAGCUUGGCAUGGAACGUGAUCGCAGUGCGUCUUGACCUCGAAUGUUCGCGGACGACUAGCAUGACGAAUUGGACGGGGACCUUAACUGGUACAACUUGGGCGAGGCGCCAGCACUGGGCACGGCCGCUUUGCUGAGCCAACGAAAGGCCCAAACAUCGAUAUUGCAAGUCACGAUCGUGCGUGGCGAGUACAACGAUUUGCCAGAAUGGAGGCUUUGGAAGUCUUUUGGCGGCCUUUCUCCAGCUUGGUGGAUACCCUUCUACACUUGAGCUAGACACAUGACGCUUGCGCUUGACUGUGGGGCCUGACGGUGGCUUUGCGUACCGGCUCGCUGCUAGUUUGAGGGGGAAAAAACUGCGGAAAAAAACUGGACUGUCGCCUAUACGAAUGUAAGGAGCCUGGUGGUGGACGCUCGCACCAAGAAAAAAGAGUAGGAGAAAGAAAAAUAAAGGACAGGAAGCGGUUAGGCCACAACAUCCUUGUGUAAUACGACUGCGAGGAAUCAGUCUAGAAGAGAGCCACGGCCUCCGUAGGGGCGAAAAUACAGUGGAACUCGCAGGACGCGCACGAAAAGAAGCUGCAGGAGCACAUAAUACUAGUAGACACGAGUUAAUACUAACGAAACUACCACCAGUUCUUACUACGAGCGUUUACAACAACUACCUCAACGUCCUUCUACAAAACUCCCGAACAAAAGAUGGCAGAGCCAGAGGUUCCGAGGGAGACUCUAAUUGCUCUGAUCAAGAAGAAGGAGAAGGACCUGAAAACCGCAGAAGCGAAACUGGACAAGAUCGAGGAUCGCUAUGUGAAGCUUGUCAGGUUUAUUAUGGCUACAUUUUUGCUGUGGUUUUCGACAGAGUUCGCACUAUUCCCAUCUACAUAGAGCCUCUUAAUAGUAUGAAGAUUGUACUGUUCUACGAGCUUGCCUUUGCCUCAUGCUGGUAAAAGGUGAACUUGAGGAGACCGAUGUGGACACCUCUAACGCCAACAAAAUCCUACAUGAGGAUCGAGCGUCAUUUCUGAAGUUUUGCGCGUUGUUACUUCCUGAUCCAGAAACCGCCUUCGAGGAAGCCGCGGCACAGGAGACACCGGUAUUAAUAGACUUUUGAAGAUUUUGGUUGCAUCUAUAUUUAUUCCCAUUGUUCUUUUUUUCGGUGUCCGUAUAAAUAUUCUCUAUACUCAAUUUGUUAGACGGCUUCUCUUCGUCAAACUUCUCAGAUAAAUUUGGACUUGCUAACGCAGAAUGUGGAGAGCCUGGAGGCCAAGGAAAGGGAGGUUUCGAUACGUAAGGCUUGUUGAUCUGAAAACAAUCCUCAAUAACACUGAGCAUCCAAGAACCGACUCAAUCUCUUAAUUGGUAAAAACAUUACCUGCUCAUCUUCAUGAUAAAUCAUCAUCUUAGAAACUACGUCUAUGAUAAAUCAUCAUCUUAGAAACUACGUCUAUGAUAAAUCAUCAUCUUACAAACUACGUCUAUGAUAAACUACGUCUAAACCCCUUCGCGAUUUUGUACGGUUGGUGUUUCCGAAAGAGUCCUCAGAAAUUCUUGGUGCCGGUCUAAAUGCAUUGGACGAAGAACUCAGGACGAGAUGGAUGCGGUUAGAGCAAUUGCAGACAAGAAGUCUACAGGAGGCGAAUGUUGUGGCACAACAGAACGUAUUCUGAUUUUCACUUGGGUGUUUGUUUCUUAGUUUCUUAGCGCUAGCACUGAAAUCUAGGGUCACAGCAGAAAAAAAAAGAAGUCUAAAUCCAAAUUAGGUCCACAGCACACGGGAGUCCGUGAAAAGCUUGGAGACUGAACUGAGAGGUUUACGUGCCGAAAACAGGGAGCUCUCAUUGCAAUUGCAAAGUCUGAAAGCCCAGGGCAAUAUCCGAGCUCAGCAGCUGACCAGCAGAAUCAUAGGAAACGGACGUACAGACUGCAUCAUAUGAAGAAUGGGUCUCUUAUCCAUCCUAUGAAUGUCUCCUAAUUUGAGCUGACUACAUGCAUACAUCUACAUCACCUAUUGACCCUUUAAGGUCACAGACGGAAACAAAGAACACUUGGACUCUCCACAACAACAACAACAACAACAGCUACCUCCGAUGCGCUGCAAGACGGCGGCGACAGCAGUACGAGUCCUAGUGAUAGCAAUGAGCGCACCAGGGAAUUGGAACAACAGAUACAACAACUGCAAAAGGAAAACUUGUCGCUCUCUGCAAAGUUCGAACAGAUUGAGGUCCUACUUACGAAUUGUUGAAGAUUUGACACUUGUUGUUUUCAUCCGUACUGAUGUGUUGUUUGGUAUCGCAUCAAUUGUGCAUCCCUACUUCACGUUUGAUGUGUACUAUUAAGAAUGCUCUCAUUUUAAAAUAUUAGAAAAAUCAGUUAUUUGUUAGGAUGCAAGUGUCGCCCUCGCCUGCAAUGAGACUCGUCCAUUCAAUCUUCAUUUUGUUUGACUCGUCCACUGAAAACCUUGUGAAAACCCAGGGUUCCUACCGUGCUGAGGUGGAGCUUUCGCAGAAGAUGCUACAGCAGGUGAAGAACCACCACACAGGAGAGAAGAAGACACUCCUAGACCAGAUAUCUGGUAAGGAGAUGAAGGUCUUAGAAUUGGAGCGCAAGAUGCAGGGGGUGGAGGAGGAGUUGGACACAACGAGGAUGAUCCAGAAGGCAGCUGAACUUCAAGCGAAUAGAGACUUGUUAUGAUGUGACGACCACUGUCUUGCAUCUAUAUUCAUUAAGUGGUGAGGACGAAAUUUCGAUCCUCUUCCUCCUCCUCUUCCUUUUCAUCUUCCUCUCCAUCCCCUGUUUCCUACCUACUUCAUGUAAGGGACAACAUCCUCUUCCUCCUCUUCCCCGUUAUCGGCUGCGAAGAACAUCUACACCUCUAUAAUGAUUCGUCCGCGAGCAGAGCGAGGAAAGCAAGAAAUUGCGAUUCUCGCUGAGAGAAAUGGAGCAAAGACUACGAAGAGUCCUGGACGAAGAACGAAGUCUGAAAACGAGAAUCCGCGAAUUAGAGGUGAUGUCAGACGCUAACGUGGACAAAGCUUAUCUGAGUUACGCGAACUUUAGAAUUGAUCGGAUUUUAAUCAUUUAUUGCUCAAAGGACAAGAAGUCGACACUGUGGACUAGCGCAAGAAGAAGGGCGCAAGAAGAAGAAACUGCUUCUGAAAUUUCUAAUACCUAGAAGUGGUCUACAAAUAUUGCGAAUACGCACAGCGAGGUGACAUGAAGGCGCAGAGCUUGAUACCCGCUGUUUGCACGGUCAUCGGCUGCAGCAACAAGGAGCGAGAAGCGUACAGAUCUCUUCGAUUGAUAUUUUUAGGGCUCGAAGGAUCAUAGGUUGACAUUACCUCUUCUCAUUUUCAUUAGGAGACCUCAUACUCAACAAGUAUUUAGCUUUGUAAGUUAGUUGUGUUUAGAUCACAUUGGAAUCCCGAAAAAUUCUAGUUUCUAAACCCUUAAAUCCAGCUCAAAAACAUUCAUCUCGAAAUAGGUUGAUGAAAGCCUCGCUCCCGACAACAUGGCUGAUGCUUAAUCAAGCGGUGGGGACCUGGGCAACAACAGGAGAGGAAGCGCAAGCGUCUUCUUCCGGUAGCAAGAAGCCUCCGAAGGCUUCCUCGCAGCCACCAACGCCAGCUGGAGGCGGUAUGAUCUUAGGUAAUCCUUUGGGCUUUGAGGAUGUCUUAUGUGCCAGUCGGAAUGAGCUGAAGAUGUGCGCCAUACUCAAAAAAAAACAUUAUUCUUCUUAUUCACUCUUCUGCUCUCAAUCUUCAUACUGAUCUGAUCAAUCUUCUCAUUUUCCAAAGAGCAGGUAAGCAGCCGCGCACGUCAGCAGGGUCGUCAAGUGUCACCAAGUUUGCACCCAGUGCGCGAGCGGAUGGCACAUCACCAAAUAAGGGAGCGUUGAUAAAAACCGUAGAACGGAAGGCAGCGCCGCCAAAGGCGACAGCGAAAGAACCGCCAGAUUUAAGUGGCAAAAAACAAGCAGCUUUGGUGCAGACGUGACGAAGGAGGCGUGCAGACAAGGAUAAGCAAGAGGAAGCUCGGAUUUCUACCAUGAGGACCAUGAAUCCUUGAAAUUCCAAAGCGAUUUCCUAUGUUGAUUACAGCCCAUCUGUAUCUAUCUGUACUUAAGUUGGAAUGAUUUUUACGAAUACUUAUGAUUUCGAUGUUAUAAUCCCGCAAUAAAACAUCUAUGCUCGAUGUUGUAGUGUUACAAAGACUCAAACUGACGACAACUAUCUAGAAAUUCCAAAUACUUGUAAAUCACACUGUGUACCUCGCGAUUGGGUACACCACCAAACUGUGUGUGGAAAAUCUCUAUCUCAUCAAUUUCAUAGUAGGUAUGCAUGCGCGCGUUCAUCGAACGCAGAAACCCAUAGGCUCAUAGUUGUGCGCAAGUUAUAGCCGCAUUGUUUUUUCUCGAAAUGCAUCCAAACAUGCCUCCUCUCUAGGAACUUCUCACACAUAAUGCUAUGUGGUAAG